AUGGAUUCAGGGGAGGAGGAGGGGUCCCAGGGCCAUCAGGAGCCAAUCAGGGUGCCUGUAGAGCUGCGGUACCAGCUGGGGGAGAGGACGGAGGCGCGUCUCCGCGAAAUGGGGGCCAGGUGCGUGCAGGAGGAGGCCCUCACAGACCUGUACUACGACACCGAGGGAUUCCAUCUGGCUACUCAGCAGGCCUGGCUGAGCAGGCAGGACGGCCAGUGGAGACUGAUCCUGGAUCAGCGGGCAAGCGUGUCCGUCUGCAGCACAGACAAGACUGGAUGUCCAGAGCAGCAGGGGGAGACUAGGAGUGGAGUCCCCCAGGCGGAGAGUGAGGCAGGAGGGGACAGGGCAGUGGAGGGGGCCUUGGAGAGCCCUGGGAACACCCCGCUUUCCACACUUACAGGAAGUUCAGGGCUCCCAGGAGAGCAGAAGAUCCCCACCCAGUUUUCCUCUCCCCCUGCAGCCCAGUACCGCGAGCUGACCGCCAGCAGCCCUAUCAUCGAGCACCUGGCCCGCUGCCUGCAGAUCGGCUUGCCGGAGGAGGGAGAAACCAUGAGCGUGGAGCGCUUUGUGGAGCUGGCGGGUAUCCAGCUCUACGGCAGCUGGACCCUGGCCAGGAAGCUGGAGUACAGGCUGCCGGGUACCUGCUCGCUGGUGGUGAGGAAAGACUACAGCGCCUCUCCCUCCAGCCACACGGCCGUCCUGACCAUGGGCGCCGAUGUGCUGGACAUUGGCCGCGAGCUGGAAAAGAUGGAGACUCUGGCGGCCGAGCUGGACCUCCAGCGCAGACAGACGUGACUGAA